CAAAUUUGUUGAUUAUUUCAGGAUGUCCGAAACAUUUUGCAAUUAAUAUUUGUGCAUGAAAAAAAUACUGCAGUUGCAGGACAGUUAAAAUGAAGAGAAAAUGCUGGAAACGCUUAGAAGUCCAGCAGUGAGAGACUGAUAGGAAAAAUCUCCCAGCUGGAAGUGAACAGCAGCUGAAAACUCAGGAACAGCCACAAGUGAACAAGCCACAGAACUGAGGGAAGCAGCUGGAGAGAAUCCUUCUGAUCCGGAGUUUCAAUCAAUUAUGUUGGGUGAAAUCUUGAGUGCCAGGACCGGCGAUCGCUUUUCGCAACAAAGAUUGAAGGUGUGAACAGCGGGAAGACCCAACAAUUUCAGGAUUAAACAUGGCCACAGACUCAAAGACUGCAGUCACCGAGCUUUUGUCAAAGUGGGACGAUUAUCAACUGUUCCAGUUGUCAAAGUUCCACGGGGCGAGACUGCAAGAGGCGAUUGAAGAAGAGGUGGAAGGAGUCAGCUUCCUGCUAACUUACAAGGGACACAUCAGUGUACAAGAUCACCAGGAAGUCGUUAAGCUCAAGGAGAAGGGAAACCGGGUGGAUGGUUCCAAACGUCUCCUCAGCCUUGUGGUUGAGAAGGACCCUCACGUCCACAGGCUGAUAUGGAAAUCCUAUUUGAAAAUGCACCAUGUUGUACCGAAGUUGGACGCAUUGCGCAAAGAGAUGGAAGAACUCGCUUCUGAUUCGACUGAACGUUUGAAGUUCAUGGAAAGGUUAUCUGAACUACCUGCGCAGCUCAGAGAUGUUCAACAGAAACACAAGGAGACCCUGCGGACACAGACUGAAACACUGAGAGUGAACACCAUCCUGAUGAGGGAGAAGGUGAAGGUUUUCCAGCUGGUUGAUCGAUACGCUGAGCUCACGGUCACUUCCACUGUUCGAGAUCGGAGACUUGUGGAACAUGAGCUGCUGGCAAGAGGCCGGGACCAUGAGGAAUGGAGAGAGAAACAUCUCCGGGGAGAGCUUAGAAAAAUCCGGAAUGAUCAGUUGUUCAAAAGUUGCUUUUCCCAGAGUAAAUCCAAAUCUGGGAGUUCGGCAGCAGUGCCCGGAGUCCCGGGGAUUGGAAAAACAACAAUGGUGCAAAAGAUUGUUUAUGACUGGGCCACGGGGAAAAUAUACCAUAAUUUCCAAAUUGUCUUCAGUUUCAAAUUCCGAGAUUUGAACUCCAUUAACUGCAGAACAAUCUUUAUGGAAGUGAUUCUGGAUCAGCAUCCUUACUUUGGGAAUAUCCUGGGAGAUGUCUGGAAGAAUCCUGAGAGGUUGUUAUUUAUAUUCCAUGGUUUAGAUGAAUUCAAGCACAGAAUCGAUUUUGCUGACAGCCGGAGAGACACAGAACCUCAACACAUGUGUCCAAAUCCCGAGUGGUGGUGUGAAGUGUCUGACAUUGUGUACAGUUUAAUCCAGCACAAGCUGCUGCCAGGGUGUUCAGUGCUGGUGACCACUCGUCCAACUGCGUUACAUUCAUUAGAAAAGGCGGAGAUCAGUGUCUGGGCUGAAAUCUUGGGAUUUGUUGGUGAGGAACGGAAGGAAUAUUUCAACAAGUAUUUUGAAGAUCAGACGGUGGCAGCAGCUGUUUUGAAAUAUGUGGAGGAGAACGUGAUCCUGUACACCAUGAGCUACAACACCUCCUACUGCUCGAUCCUCGGUCUGGCACUGGGCCCCUUCUUCACACAAAGACACAGGGACCCGCAGCGAGUUCCCAAGAUCAUCACCCAACUAUAUUCCUCCUAUAUUUACAAUAUCCUGAAAAAACACGGCCGUGAGAUUGAAAGUUCCCGUGAUGUGUUACUGAGAGUUGGUCAAGUGGCCUUCACAGGAGUGUCCGAGAAGAAGAUUGUGUUCACAGAUGGAGAUUUGAUCAACUACAGUCUGCAGCCUUCCCCGUUCCUGUCUGGGUUCCUGGUAGAACUUUUGGAAAGAGAAGUUUCUGGCCGGAGCGUGGUGUACAAUUUCCCACACCUCACCAUCCAAGAGUUUGUAGCCGCACUCGCACAAUUCCUGAGUCGGCAUCCCGGGGAUAUAAUCUGUCGAGUGAUUGACUGGGUGAAGGAGGAGGUGAAACGUCAGAGUGGAUACGCAGGGAGUGAAGCUGGUAAAAGGAGCCUCUUGAACACACUGCACUACCUGUUUGAAUCUCAGAACCGUGGACUGGCUCAGGUCACACUGGAAUCUGUAGAAAUACUUUCAUUCAUUGGCUUGCGACUGACCCCGAUUGACUGCGCCGUCCUGUCUCAUGGCAUUGGGUUCUGUGAUAUAAUAAAACACCUCGAUCUCUGGCGCUGCUACAUUCAGUGUGAAGGGCUCCAGCGGCUGGUACCCGGGCUGCACAUAUGUCGGGUAUUGGGGUGUGAGGUGAACCGGCUCACAGAUUCUGUUGCCGAGGAUCUCGCCUCAGCACUCAGUACAAACCGCUCACUGAAGGAGCUGGACCUGACUGGUAAUAACCUGGGAGAUUCGGAAGUGAAACUGGUGUCUUCAGCUCUGGGGAACCCAGAGUGUAAAAUACAGAAACUGCGAAAAAUGGGCGACAGGACACCAGAGCGGCACAGAGCGCCUGUUUUUGCGGAACAGACCCAAUGCUUCAACAGUGGCAUCGAGAGCCCAACACUGCCAGAACAGCGGAGUGUAGCGCAACGUGAGCCCGGAGCGUCCCUCACCGACAGAAAACUAGCGGGAAAGUUGGGGCCGUUUGUGAACCAGUUUCCCCACCGACGGGUGAAGCGGCUUCCUGCGGCCGGAGCCGUGCACAAGAAUUUGGGAACGCCGGUCAUCAUGAUUGAUGAAGGUGCAAACAGGGAGGACUACUCAGUGACGUCUACAACAAAUCCUAAUUCCGCAAUCACUGAGCUCUUGGCAAGUUACGACGAUGUCGAUCUGUUCCUGUUGACGAAGUUCUACAGGAACAGGCGGAAAAUUACUAAACUCGCCGAUAAGGGAGAGCGAGCAGAGAGUUCCAAACUCCUCCUGAACCUGGUGAUGGAAAAAGGUUGCGUCGCCCAGAGGGUGAUAUGGGAAUCCUUUGUGAAAUUGCGGAAUGGUAUCCCAAAGUUUGACAAAAUACUGAAGCAAAUCCAGCAACAACAUCCCGGGGAUAUCCUGAAACUUCUCACUGAAGCCCACAGCAUUACAGAUGGGCGGUUUGAGGUAUUUCUCCGUUUAGUUGCUGGUCUCUCCUCCCGAGUGUCAGCUCGGGGCCUGGGGGAGUUUCUGGGUCCAUUUCGUCAUCAAACAAUCUGCCGAGUGAUUGACUGGGUGAAGGAGGAGGUGAAACGUCAGAGUGGGAACACAGGACUGGGUCGCAAUGAACUGGGGGAUUCAGGAGUGAAACUGUUGUCUGCGGCUCUGAGGAACUCGGACUGUAAAAUACAGAAGCUGGGGUUUUACAAUAACGGCCUCACAGGUUCUUGCAUUAAGGAUCUAGUCUCUUCUCUCAAUACAAACCGCUCACUGACGGAAUUGGACCUCGGUGAUAAUGAACUGGGAGAUUAUGGAGUGAAACUGAUAUCUGCGGCUCUGCGGAAACCGGAAUGUAAAAUAAAGAAACUGGAAAUUUCUGCGUAUCUCGCCUCCGCUCUCAGUACGAACCGCUCCCUGACGGAGCUGGACAUGGGUGGUAAUGAUCUGGGUGAUUCGGGAGUGAAACUGGUGUCCGCGGCUCUGAGGAACCCGGAAAGUAAAAUACAGAAACUGUGGAUGGAUAAGAAUUAUCUCACAGAUUCUUGUGCCGAGGAUCUCGCCUCAGUUCUCGUUACAAACCACUCACUGACGGAGCUGGACCUGGGAUAUAACGAACUCGGAGAUUCAGGAAUGAAACUGCUGUCUGCAGCUAUAAAGAACCAGAACUGUAAAAUACAGAAACUCGGUCUGGAAGCCGUUGGUCUCACAGAUCUUUUCACACGAUCUCGUCUCGGCUCUGAGCACAAUUCGCUCUCUGACCGACUUGAAUGUGGGAUCAAACUCCUUCACAGACCGAUCUGUCCCCGCUUUCCUCCGUUUCUGUUCGACUCACGGGAGUCUGGAGAGGAUUUGGUUCUUUGUAUAACACAAUUCAUGAAACGCGUAGUGACUACAAAUAACAUCUCUGGGUACAGCUCUAUCGGUUACAAGCACAAAUUAUUGGAUGCAGGAGGAGCUCUAGUCCGCCGGGAGCAAAGUAUAAACAAGAAGAAGAUCGACCAUCGUCCGUCUGAAUCAGAAUGGACACAGAGUGUGGAUGAGCUCACGGAGAAGGGAAACCGAGCGGGCUCUUCCAAGCUCCUCCUGGAUCUGAGAAUGGAGAAGGGCUCCGGGGCCCGAAGGAUGAUGUGGUAA